UCGGCUGUGCUCGGGUGAUUCCGUGAAUAACUGACUCUUCUCUAUUUUGCAUACUAGUUCCGAGCGUGUGUCGAAGGCUCUCUGCUCCUGCGAUCAGUAUCAUACUGUGAAGAACGUUUUCCCUGCAAUGGACGGCAUUGCAAGCGAUGUUGCAGUUGGUGUGAAGAGAAGCUCAGAUGAAUUGCUGUCUGGCAGUCUCUACAACAGUCCAAACUCUUCAGUCACUGCUAAUGGAGGUGACACUAAGAAACUGAGGGUGGAGGACAGCAUGGAUAGCCCACCGUCUAGAGUCAUUCAUAUUCGGAAACUCCCCAAUGAGGUUUCCGAGACGGAGGUCAUCGCCCUGGGAUUGCCCUUUGGAAAGGUCACUAAUAUCCUGAUGCUUAAAGGCAAAAAUCAGGCAUUUUUGGAGCUGGGAACAGAGGAAGCAGCUGUUACCAUGGUGAACUACUACACAGCUGUUACACCUCAAGUGCGGAAUGUCCCAGUGUUCAUUCAGUACUCCAACCACAAAGAGCUCAAGACUGACAGUGCGCUCAACCAGCGAGCUCAGGCCGUGCUGCAGGCGGUGUCGGCAGUCCAGGAGGGCGGCUCUCCAAGCUCGGACAUGGCCGGUGAGAGUGUGUUAACACCUGCCCCCAGCCCAGUACUCCGAAUAAUCAUCGACAACAUGUUCUACCCAGUCACUCUGGACGUCCUCCAACAGAUCUUCUCCAAGUUUGGAACCGUCAUGAAGAUAAUCACAUUCACCAAAAAUAAUCAGUUCCAAGCUCUUCUGCAGUUCAGUGACCCCGUAAAUGCCCAGCAGGCCAAACUGUCUUUGGAUGGCCAGAACAUAUACAACUCCUGCUGCACUUUGCGCAUUGACUUCUCCAAGCUGGUCAACCUGAACGUAAAAUACAACAACGACAAAAGCAGGGAUUAUACCCGUCCCGAGCUGCCCGCAGGAGAUGGCCAACCACCUGUGGACCCGUCUGUGGCCGCCGCUCUCAGCAAAGAUUCCACCUCCCUGCUCGGUACUCCCUCUGGAAUGGUAACUUCCUACUCUAGUGGUGGAGGGUUUCCAUCUUCUCUAGGGGCCAUUAGUCCUCUGAGUGCAGCGGCGGCGGCGGCGGCAGCUGCAGGGAGGGUGGCGCUGUCCGGACAUUCGACACCUGGCGGAGUGCUCCUGGUCAGCAACCUCAACGAUGAGAUGGUUACGCCCCAAAGUCUGUUUACCCUCUUCGGUGUCUACGGUGAUGUGCAGCGCGUGAAGAUCCUGUACAAUAAGAAGGACAGUGCUCUAAUCCAGAUGUCUGAUGGAAACCAAGCCCAGUUAGCCAUGAGCCAUCUGAAUGGGCAGAAGAUGUAUGGCAAGAUCAUUCGUGUGACCCUCUCCAAGCACCAGACAGUACAGCUGCCUAGGGAGGGUUUAGAUGAUCAGGGCCUGACCAAGGACUUCACCAGCUCUCCACUGCAUCGCUUCAAGAAGCCUGGGUCUAAGAACUUCCAGAACAUCUUCCCCCCUUCAGCUACACUUCAUCUCUCUAACAUACCUGAUAAUGUGACAGAGGAGGAUUUACGACUGCUCUUCUCAAACUCCGGCGGUACAGUGAAGGCGUUCAAGUUUUUCCAAGAUCGCAAAAUGGCUCUGCUGCAGAUGUCCACGGUGGAGGAGGCGAUUCAGGCUCUCAUCGACCUUCACAACUACGACAUGGGCCGUGGUCACCGCCUGAGGGUGUCCUUCUCAAAGUCCACCAUCUGAGGAUUCCCUGAUGCUAUGUCACCUUUCCUUUCACCCCCCGCCCAGGAGCCUCAAGUUGAAUUCAAUUUUACCAGUCAUUCCUUAACACCAUAUCAAACACUUCAAUGAGAAUGGCCUGUUAAAGGAACACUCGUUCUGUAUCUGCUCCUGCUAUUAUUUGUUUGGCCAGCUGUUAUUCUAUUUUAGGAUGGAUUGACAAAAAUGUGCCUUACUUAGCAAAAUAGCGUCAUCUUUUUGUUCCUGUCAUUACAGAUUAUAGAGGUACUUUGUGCGUGAUGAUUUUUUUUUAACCUUUACAAUCACUUUGCUUUGUUGU